AUGGCUUACAUCUACGCCUGGGACACGUCGUCGGCGCUUGCUGUAGGCUCUAACGCUUUGCCGGUUCCAGAGCCGGCUGUCGGUAUCACGGCUCCCUCUUCCACGCUGUCUGGUUCUGUAGACGAUCGUGAGGCCAGCCCGUUGACUGACCUCCAGACAACUACCCCCCCGUCCUCGCAGACUGUUGUGGGUGAAGACUCCUCAGAGAUUGUUGGCGUCGCGAAAACCUCCUCGGUCCUUCUGGUCACUGGCGAGGACGCUGAACUUGUGGCGCCGCCCAAGGCGGCCACUAGUGCUCUUGAUGACGCUGCGGGACGUUUGCCAACGAAACAGACGAGCACCAAGGAGGUAGCUUGCGCGGUGAAGACUUUCAUACCGUUGUACAGCGACAAUCCCAACAUCCCCCCUCCUGGCAGGCCUGUUGACGCUAUCACCGAGCAGGAGAAGACCGCCGAGAAUGCACAGUUGAUGGCAAUGGAAAUGGCCAUCAGUGAGGAUGCGAAUGAGAGAGCCAUUGCGCACGCGCAGGACGGGACUGACGAUGGCAACAAUGUGAUGACCCCCAUCUCAACGAUGACGCCUAACGAGGGCUUGAACGCUACUGCCUCUGGUGGGACCAGUGGUCCACAGGGAGGGGCAUCUACCAACAGCAGCAACAUCCCUAUGGGCUCCACCGCCCCCGCUCUCGAGUCUGAGGUAGUUGUCGAUCACCUCCACGGCCUGCCUUUGUUCACGGGGAACGUCUCCUUUGCGGCUCAGGACUCCGUGUCCUGGAUACGCCAGGAACGAGCAAACAUGGUCGCCAUGGCCGGUGCCGCUCCUGCGCCGUCCACUGAUCCUGCCGCCCUCAUGAUCCUCGGUCAGGUCGCCUAUGACGACUUUUGGGCGGACCCGACUGCCGGCUACCGAGGGCCCACUCGUUUCACCGCCGCGAUCACCGAUGCGAAGGCAUCGCUCAAGCUUGCCUACGGUGGCUUCUUGCCGAAGACGAACUGCAAGUUCUCGCACCGUCCGUUCUCUGCCAAGGAAUGCUACGAUGAGGACGACGGUGAUUUAGGUGGGUCGUCUCUCUGUUUUCAUGCAUUCUCCCUCAAUGAUGAUGGCCUCCCUGUGAGUCCAGUCGAGGACGUUUUCAGGUUGGAGAACAUACCGACCAACAGCACGAAUGCCGCCGCGGAACUCAAGGCCAUCAAGGACACCCACGUCUACAACCCCCUUCCCGCAUACGACAUCGACGGUCGCGUCAUCUUACCGAAGGACUAUCGCGCGAAGCUUCAGGGUGCCAUAGUCAUCUUGACGUUCGGUCUGAAGCAUUACUACAUCGGGCCCCGUCCGGGGAGUGGCAGUGGUAGCAACAUCUACGUUGCUGACAUUGUCAAGAUCCGCGUUGUUGAGGCGGCUAAGCCCCGCCCUGUGGCUGCGAUGAAGAGGAAGCGCGUGCUUACUACGGACUCCGAUGGCCUUCUGGCACCGGCGAAACUCUCUCGUGCUGCUUGA